AUGAAGGAGUAUCGCUGGGAGGAGGACGAGGUGUCGGGGCCGCUGCUGCGUCAACUGCUGACCGCCGAGGAUUAUUCCUCAUGGGAGACGCGUGCAUUCCUGCGUCCAAUCUUCCGCUGGAUGAAGGUCGGUCUGCGCAAGGACGGCAGUCGCGAGGACGCGGCCGUCGAGAAGGCGUUCGCAUUCGUGGAGUGGCUGGUGCUGCUGGCCACGCAGGGCGACAGCACGCGCGGCAUCCCGCAGCUGCCGAUGCUUCAGCCUAGCUACGCGCUCAACACAAUCGUCACGGCCAGUCAGCGAGCUGGCAGCGUGCGGGAGGCCCAGCGCGCCUUUGACCUGCUGGAGGUGCACGGCUACCAGCCAGACGUGUUCACGUACACGGCGCUAAUCGACGUCAUUGCGCGGAACGGAGACUUGCCCGCUGCUAUUCAAGCAUACGAGGAGAUGCGGCAGUCGACGUCCAAGCCGAACGUCGUGACCUACACGACGCUGGUUCGAGCAGUGGGGCUGAGUGACAAAGUUGGGGCGGAGCAGUGCUUGGUGUUCCUCGAUCAUGCACGGGAUGAUGGGGCUUUUGACGAGGCUUUGUUUCUGGAAGCUCUGGAGACGUGUGCACGGAGGAAAGAGCGCGCGGUGGCGACCCGCGUGCUGAAUGAGAUUGCAGCUCAUUCGCCGAAGCUCCGCGCGGACGAUCGGUUCUUUUACACGGUGGGCCAGGUUGCCAAGUUGUUGGACUACGACGGUUUGGAGCCCGUGCUUGCUGAGUGGCUCGAGAGCGGCGUGCUGAACCAAGACGAGCGAGACCGAGUUGAGAAGCUGCAGGCGGAAGAGGGGAAGUCGACCGCGGACGGCUCGAAAACGCUGGGCUGUCUGGGGCACCAGACGUCUCAAUCUGUUCGAAAGGCGGUUGUUCAUCAUGACAUUAACCGCCUGAUCUCUCGCAUUCAGAGCGGUUCGCUGGUGACUGUAAAUGACUUUGAGACACUCAUUCACCAGUGCAGGAAGCGGAAAUGGAAGGAAGACGUUUCCGUCAUUAUUGAUGCUAUGCGUGAACUCGCGACCAAGGGUUGGCAGCCUUCAGGCGAUGGCGACGACAGCGAAGGCGAGCCCAUCCCUCCCCAGCCACAGCUUCAGCUCACAUCGAAGACGUACGUUUCCAUCGUCGAUGCAUACAUGUGCUGCGGUGACGAGCCUCUUGCAUGGCAAGUAGUCCAAGAAAUUGACGCUUUGCCGGAUAUCACUCGAGAGCUGCCGUUAUACCGCAAGUUUGUUCGGGGCGCAUACUUGCUCACGAAUUGCGAUCAUAUCGCCGAGCUAAUUGCCCUGGCGCGUGAAGACAAGGUUGUAUUCACGCAGCGAAUGGGUGUCGAGAUCGCACGUAUGUUUGGAUACCGCCACAAGGAGGGGUUCGAGCUCCUAGUGCACGAACUUCCUCUUGGUGAGACUGGCGUGCAAGCGAGAAAACAAGGAUUUCUGGAAGAAUUGGUGAAGUCUUGUGCCUACAAGAACAACUCGGUUGGGGCAGAGGAAACGCUGCAGGCUAUGCUGAAGCACGGCUUCUGUCGUUCUGCUGCCACCGAAACAGCGCUUUUCAUGUGCUGUAUUCAGCAUGACACGGUUUCGGAGGCCCAAGCGAUGCUGCAGCACUUCCAAGAAUCACCUUUGAUGAUGCCGGUGCCAGUCUACGACUCGCUGCUGCGUGAAUUCUACUUCAAAUACACGCGGCGUGGGAACGCAUUCGAUGAAUCGUCACGCAAAGUCGCAAUGAAGACGCUUUAUGCUCGGCGGGCAAUCUUCGAGCAAGUGUAUUGGUGUUCAAGAGCGAAUUUAUCCUGCUCCCCAUUGAUGUUUUCGCAGCACGCAAUGCAAGUUCUGACGACUAGUCGAGACAAGGACUCCAAGAACGCAGCCGAACAGUCCAUUCGGGACGCGCUCUUGAUCACCCCCGAUCCCUGCCUCUUUUUACUGCAGUCGGUCGUCUCGCUACGCUUCCUCGACUUGACGUUUAGAACACUGGGCAAGUUGGCGAAGCAGUUGCUUGUGGUGGUGACAGACGAGCUCCCGAUGGAGGAACGACAUGCGGAGUACUGCGUGAGCCAGCUGCCACUGCUGUCAGUUCACAUUGUGAAAGAGCUGGACGACAUCGUGUACUUGCAUCGGUCGCACCGAUCGGAACUGCUGGCGUUCUGCCUCGAUGCACUUGAGACGGAUAGCGUUGACAAGACCAUGGGUUUCUUGAUGCGCCGCCCGGAGCUGUACGAUGCGGAGACAGCGUCGUACCUUGGACCAAAGUUCGCUGAGAUGUUCGUAUAUGGCGGGGUCAGCAACGUGCUCAUGUUCUUCAAGUCGGACAUGGAUGACUCGCUGGAAAUGCGCCGGCAAUUCGUUCGAGAAGUGAUCGAGGUAGAGAACGCUGCUGCCGAGGAAGAUGAGGACGAGGAGGGCUCGUCCAGUUUCAGGAACACGUACAAGGCAAUCAGGGAGUUCAAGCUAGAGCACGAGGCGGAGUUCAUGCCGUACAUGAUGCAGGCCCGCGCAGCAAUGCCAAAGCCCGUGUACGCGGACGCGUCGGCCACCCCCGCUGACGAUACUGCGUAUUUGAAGAUCCCCCUGGCUCAAGAUCGUAUCAUAGUGGUUGACAACGACGAGGCUCUGUCCGCGGCGACGGAGCUACUGAUGCGCGACAGCGUGACUCGACUGGGCCUCGACGCCGAGUGGCGCCCCGAUAGCCGAGCAGCGGUGCCGUCCAAGUGCUCCAUCUUGCAGGUCGCUUGCGACGACUACGUGUUCAUUUUUGACUUCGUGGAGAUGGCGCUGGGCGACUUGGAGGAGCUGUUCGAGCACUUGUUCGCUUCCGAGAGGAUCGCUAAGAUCGGGUUCGCCAUCGAUGGCGACAUCAAGCGACUGCGGUGGUCGUUCCCAGACGUCAAGUGCUUCGACACGUUCGUCAACGUGCUUGACUUUUCCUUCGAGACGCUGGAGGCGACGACGCACCUUACCUACAUCAAGCAGGCACUCGGGUAUCCGCUGUCGAAGCUGCAGCAGAAGAGCGACUGGGAGCGCCGGCCUCUGACGCCGCAGCAGGUCGCGUACGCUGCGCUGGACGCGUACUGCUUGCUGAUGCUGCAAGACGCCGUCGCCAACAAACACCCAGGGACCUCGCAGGAGACCUCGCCCCCCUUCGUUCGCUCGAUGUCGUCGCCCGCCACGCCCGCGCAGGUCCUGCAGGACGUGCGCUUCGAGGAGCGUCUCGCCGAGGUGGAGGCGCGGCUGCCGGCCACGCUGGCGCUGGCGCAGAGCGGGUCGCUGGCCAGGCGCAACCAGGCGCGGCGCAAGCUCUACCGCGACAGCGAGCUCAUCCGCGUCGAGCUGGAGGAGCGCAUGAACGCGCUGGGCAUCGAGGCCCAGUGGCUCUCGGCGCCCGAGAUGCAGGCGGCCAACGCCAAGCUGGACGUCGUGCGCAAGCAGCUCAAGCUGGACGUGCUGCCGGCCAGCGCCUCGCCGCUCGAGAAGCUCUACAUGGUGGUGCGCAUGCUCACGAUGGCGCUGGUGCUCGUGGGCUGGCUCAGCUGCGUGACGCUGCUCAUCCCGCUCAAGUGGCUCAACCCGUUCCUCACGCGCAUGGGCGUCAAGAAGAACUACCUGCCCAUGGACAUCGUCUCGUGGGGCACGGCCGCCAUGGUGUGCGUCACGGCCUGCACCGACAUGAAGGUGGAGGGCACGGAGAACCUGCUCAACCUGAAGGACUCGGUGGUCUGCAUGUUCAGCCACUCGUCGAACCUGGACGGAUUCAUUGUCAACGGAUCGUCGCCUGUGGCCUUCAAGUUUGCAGCUAAGAAGAGCAUCUUCCUGGUGCCGUUCCUGGGCUGGUCGGCGCGCUGGGGCUUUGACUUCGUGGCCAUUGAUCGUUCGCACCGAUCGUCGGCAUUGAAGAGCUUGAAGGAGCUGGCCGUGUCGGUGAACGAACAUGGCAACUCGGUCUGCAUCUCGCCUGAAGGCACGCGCUCCAAGGACGGACUGCUGCAGGAGUUCAAGAAGGGGCCCUUCUACCUGCGCGAGGACACGAAGAAGAACGUCGUGCCCUCCAUUGUGUUCGGCGCCUACGAGCUGUGGCCUCCUGGACGCCUGUUCAGCAUCCCCGGCCACACGCUGGUGCGUUACCUGCCCGAGUACAAGUCGGACCCGAACCUGAACCGCAACCAGAACCGAUUGGCGCUGCGCCGCAUCUACCUCAAGGCCUUCACGGAGGACGUACCGGACUACAUCGGCACUCGCGUGAGCACCAACUUCAUCGUGAAGAACAUCUUCUACCACUACCUCGCCUGGGCGAUCACGUACAAGGUCACGUCGUGGGCGUUCGCGGUCAUCAGCUUCGUCUGCUACGCGCUCAACAUCACUUACGGCACCUUCAUGCUGUUCUCGCUGGUCAUGAUGGUUGCGGGCGAAGCCCUCAUGUUCUUCACCUGCUAAGCCAGCCCGGGACGAUGCCAAGCGCUGUCUGUCCUCUCGACGAACU